AUGGCGUUGCUCGCCUGCGUGCUGCUACUCGUCGCGCUACUCCCCCCCGCCGCGACCACCGGCACCGCCACGGCGCUGGAUGGCGAUUAUUGCACUGCUAUCAGCAGUGUGGUGACCAAGCCACUGUCGCGCGUCUCGCCAGACGCCGCAUUCGUCGCAGACCUUCGUCGUCCGUCCGUCGCCGGUCGCCGUCGCCUGAGCGGCGGAGUGGCGCGGCCACCCGCGGCGAGCCCGCGGCCCCGCGAUGUGAAGCUCGCACCACCGCAACUGGCGGCGCUGGUGGCGCUGACGGGGUGGAAUGCGACGGCCGAGCUGUGCUCCGAGUGGCCGGGCGUCACGUGCAACCGCCAAGGCAUGGUCACCAAGAUAGAUCUGCAGGAGUAUCCCAUCUCUGCGUUCACCGCUGCCCCACCGGGAACCCUGCCUGCUGACAUCGGUGCCUUCAACGCCCUCAAAGUCCUGAGGCUUCCCAAGCAGAACAUCUCUGGUCCCAUCCCCACAGAGUCUUUUACAAACCUCACCUCCCUUCGCGAACUCGAUCUCUCCUCCAACCCUCUGGACGGCAGCCUGGAGUUUCUUGCCUACCUUCCCUCCUUGCAAUACCUCGAUCUGCACGCCACUCAGUCGACUGGGGAGAUCCCAGCAGCCCUCGGCAACGCCACCGCCCUCUCAUACCUCGAUCUCUCUUCCAACGCUUUGAACGGCAGCCUGGAGUUUCUUGCCUUCCUGCCGUCCUUGCAAUACCUCGAUCUGCACGCCACUGAGCUGACAGGGGAGAUCCCCGCUGCCCUCGGGAAUGCCACCGCCCUCUCAUAUCUGUCCCUUGGAGGUCUCAACCUCACAGCCGGGCAGCUCCCUGCCUCUCUCUCCGCCCUCACCAAUCUCACUUACCUGGACCUGAGCUACCUCAAGUUCGCCAGCGUGCCAUCGUGGAUCGCACAACUCCCCAAGCUGCAGUUCCUGGAUGUGACAGCACCCAUUGACCUCACCCCCGCCCGCUCCUCGCCCUUUCCAACCGGCUUUACGAAUCUCACCAGCCUGAACUCCCUGAUGGCAGCGGGCAACGGCCUCUCAGGCUCCCUCCCCGCUACCAUCUCCGCCCUCACCGCCCUCUCAGAGCUAGAUCUCGCCUAUAACAGACUCGCCGGCUCCAUCCCUGCCCUCCCCUCCACUCUGCUUCGCCUCUCGCUGAGCCACAACGCCCUGGAGGGCCCCAUCCCCUCUUUUGCUGCACCGGGACUCAUAGACUUGGAUCUGAGCCACAACCGGCUGACAGGGCCCAUCCCAGCAACCUUCACAGCCCUCACUUCCCUCACCAGCAUGGAUAUCAGCCACAACGCUUUCUCGGGCGGCGUGGAUGUGUUGUCACGCAUGCCAAGCAUCUCCAACCUGAACAUCGGAUCGUGCAACUUCUCUGGCCCCUUCCUCUCAAACCUCACUUAUGUCAACCUCGACAUAUCCAACAACAGCUUCACGGGGCCCUUCCCCUCCGCCAUGCUAGCCGUGCCACUCUAUAACACCCUCAAUCUAUCGACUAACAACUUCUCUGGCCCGCUGCCAUCAGAGCUCGCAUCGCUCACAUUCAUCAAAAGGCUUGACAUCUCUCACAACCAGUUCACUGGAGUUGUGCCCCCUGCCGUCUUCACCUUGCCUUCGCUAACGGCCCUCGACAUCAGCAGCAACCAGCUCACCGGCUCCCUGCCGGCCUCCAUUGCCCUCUCCACCUCUCUCAACCUCCUGUAA